AUGAGGCAUUCGGAGUAUCGUGUGCACUUCAGCCUCUGGGCCAUCAUGAAGGCGCCACUCCUGAUUGGCUGCGAUCUCUCGGUCGUAUCAAAUAGGACGUUGGCCAUUCUGGGCAACGAGGAAAUCAUCGCUCUCAACCAGGACCCACUGGGCGUUCAGGCGAGGAAGGUGCAAGUCUCAGAAGAUGCGCUGAUGGAGGUUUGGUCCGGGCCUCUGUCGGAGGGUCGGCAAGUGGUAGCGCUGGUGAAUCGCAGUCCAAUCAGCUUGAAGAUCACUGCCCGUUGGAAAGCCAUGGGGCUGAAUCCGGUGCAGCCCAUGCAUGCACGAGAUCUAUGGAAGAAGGCAACCAUGGACUCGGUCAUCUCAGGGGAGCUGAGUGCGCGAGUUCCAAGCCAUGAUGUGGGGCUCUUCCUCCUCUGGCCCGCAGUCUAG